GGUUACACAAAAAAACUCAAAGAUCCAGAAAUGCUACAAGUAUUAGCUAUCCCUGCAGCAAUUCUCCUUGUGAUAUUCACAUUCAUCAUUCUAUCACCGUUUGUGUUGAAUCACGCAAAUGGGAGUACUAAAAAAUUGCCACCGGGUCCAAAGCCUUUACCAAUUAUUGGUAACCUUCACAUCUUAGGAAAACUCCCACACCGCACCCUUGCGGCUCUUGCCACUAAAUAUGGACCCAUAAUGUCCCUAAAGUUAGGACAACUCCCGGUGGUUGUGGUUUCUUCUCCAGAAGUUGCUGAGCUCGUUUUGAAAACUCACGACUUGGUUUUUGCAAACCGGCCUAAGCUUCAGGUAGUAGAAACUCUUUCUUAUGGCCGAAAGGGGUUGGUGUUUACGGAGUACGGUGGUUAUUGGCGCAACGUGAGGAAGUUGUGCAGCUUGCAACUUCUAAGUGCAUCAAAGGUUGAGAUGUUUGGUCCUUUGAGGAAGAAGGAGUUGGAAAUGUUGGUGAAUACACUUAAGAAGGCUUCGGAUUCACGUGAGGUUGUGGAUCUUAGUCAGUUGAUUGGAGAGGUUGUUGAAAAUGUCACUUUUAACAUGAUAUUGGGUCGUAGCAAGGACAAUAGGUUUGACCUCAAGGGCCUCAUUCAUGAGGUUAUGUACUUGAUUGGUGCCUUCAAUCUUGCAGAUUAUGUGCCUAUCUUAGGUUCAUUUGAUCUUCAGGGACUAAAGAGAACAACAAAAAAAGUAAGCAAAGCCAUUGAUGAAGCAUUGGAGCAUAUCAUCAACGAUCACGAUCACCAUUCAUCAGAUGAAUCCCCACAGCAUAACAAGGAUUUCAUAGACAUAUUACUCAGCCACAUGAAUCAAACAAUGGACCCAAAUGAUCAUGAACAAAGAUACGUAGUUGGAAGAACCAAUAUAAAGGCUAUUGUAUUGGACUUAAUUGCUGGAGCAUAUGACACUUCUAAAACUGCAAUUGAAUGGGGUAUGUCAGAGCUCUUAAAAAAUUCAAGAAUAUUGAAAAAACUUCAAAACGAAAUCGAAGUACUUGUGGGAAUAAAUAGACAAGUCGAAGAAAAAGAUUUAGAAAAAUUGCCUUACCUUGACAUGGUUGUGAAGGAGACAUUGCGAUUAUACCCUGUUGGACCAUUUCUUGUGCCACACGAGUCAUUAGAAGAUGUUACUAUACAUGGUUAUUUUAUCGAAAAAAAUACACGGAUCAUGGUGAAUGCAUGGGCAAUAGGGAGAGAUCCAAGAGUUUGGUCGAAAAAUAGUGACAUAUUUUUCCCAGAAAGGUUUGAGAACAAUAAUGUAGAUGUUAAGGGGCAUGAUUUUAGACUCAUUCCGUUUGGGUCAGGUCGUAGAGGGUGUCCUGGGAUGAAUAUGGGUUUAACUACCAUUAAGAUUGUUAUAGCACAAUUAAUACAUUGUUUUAGUUGGGAACUUCCAUUGGGUAUGGCUUCGAAGGAUUUAGAUAUGACUGAAAAAUUUGGACUCUCUAUACCAAGAAGUAAGCACUUACUAGGUAGGCCAACUUAUCGCUUACUUAGUGAAGCUUAAUUAGGAUUAAAGGGUUCCAACUACAAUUAAAUUGGCGAAUUAUUUGUGUUUAUUCUCAGUUUUUUCCUUCAAAUUUUUGUUUUAUAAUAUGGA